GAACUGAGGUGAUGAAGGGCUGAUCGCUGUGAUUGACAGGCGUUGUGGAAAAUCUCAGGUCUCGUUAUUUUUGCCCCUUGAAUCGGCUGAUUGGUGAGGAGAAGGAAGAUUUGCGGCAAUCUGGACAACGGUUUCAUUUGUUCAAGUGAAUCAGCCCACAGUCAACAGCAAGAUGCUAUCUCAACUGGAAACCGCCAUGGAUGCAAUUAUCAAAGUCUUUCAUAAAUACUCUGGGAAAGAGGGAGACAAGUACACACUGAGCAGGUCUACACUCAAGGACCUCCUGAACGAAGAGUUUAAAAACUUCCUGAAGGAACAGCAAUAUUCCAAGAACGUGGAUAACUUCAUGACAGAGUUGCAGUGUGAUAAUCAAGUCAAUUUCAAGGAGUUCAUGGGCUUGGUGACGGCCAUCACCAUCACUUGGAAGGGCUUCUUGGAUGAUCAUUGGAAGAAACAGUGGAUGGGUCAGCCCACAGUCAACAGCAAGAUGCUAUCUCAACUGGAAACUGCCAUGGAUACAACCAUCAAAGUCUUUUCCAAAUACUCUGGGAAAGAGGGAGACAAGUACACACUGACCAAGGCUGAACUCAAGGACCUCCUGAAGAAAGAGCUUAAAAGCUUCCUGGAGAAUCAGGACAAGUCCGUGGAUAAGUUCAUGACAGAGUUGACAUGUGAUGAGCAAGUAGAUUUCAAGGAGUUCAUGCGCUUGGUGACGGCCAUCGCCAUCGAGUGCAAUGUCUUUCCUACUUUACGUUGUGGUACUUCAAUGGACUGUGUAAUAAUUUGAUCUGUAUGAAUGGUAUGCAAGACAAAUUUUUUACUAAACCUCAGUAUGCAUGACAAUAAUAAACCAGUUCCAAUUAAUUGAA